AUGGACUCCGACUCUGGCUCCGGUUGCAGCCGCUCCUCGUCCCCGGACCUGGUGGUGGACGACUCCGCCGGGAGCUUCUUCUCCAACAAGAUCUUCCAGACGUACUGCCAAGAAAACAGAGCGGACGACGAGGCCGGCCAGGGCAGGACGGAGCGCUGCAGCGGGGGCGGCAAGACCACGAGCGGGUCUGACCCCAACAAGAACGAGGGGCAGGACCUGCGACUGAAAGUCAACAGCCGCGAGAGGAAAAGGAUGCACGACCUGAACCAGGCGAUGGACAGCCUAGAGGUCAUGCCCUACGCUCAGGGGCCGUCCGUCCGCAAGCUGUCCAAGAUCUCCACCUUGAUGUUGGCUCGCAACUACAUCCUCAUGCUGUCCGGCUCCCUGGACGAGAUGAAGAAGUUGGUGGGGGACGUCUAUGGAGGCGGUGCAGCCAUCCAGAGCCGCACCGCCGCCCACCCGGUUAUCACCCCCGCCGCCCCCGCCGCCCCCGCCGCCCACCACCCUCUGCAUCCUCUGGCCCAGUCUCUGCACUCGCUGGUGGGCAGCACGCCCUCGGGCCUCCAGCAUCACUCGCCUUGUCCCGCCGCGGCCUCGGCCAUGCACUCCCCUCCAUCCGCCGGCUUCCUGGGGUUCCACGCCUCGGUCCAGGGCCUUCUGAAGGACCCGCUGCACCUGGCCAGCACCUACAGGCACUUCCCCGGCAUGCCCUGUCCCUGCUCGCUGUGCCAGCCUUUGCCAACCACCACCUCCACAUUACACAGCCUGUCCAUGAUCAAGUGA